AUGAGCGACUCUUUGCUUCCGAACGUCACGACAACUGGUCCACAAUUGAAUCCGUCUGAACGUGGAAUAGUGCAUUUAUCUCCGAUCCCUUCAUCAUCAAACGGAAACUCCACGAAAAGGUUUGAUCGGUCUAGUACAAAGCCCAUAUCACGCCAAUACGGUUCGAACUCUUCGGGGUCAAGUAGUAAUGCAUCAUCCAGCCUCUCCAACUACUACACUCCUGAGGAAAUUUCUUCAGGAGAUGACUCCCAAUUCUCAUCCCAGAAAUCAGGAUCGACAAGUUCUUCGAGUAGAAAUGGAGGACUUUCGCGUUCUGAUGAUGUUUCUGUAUAUUCCCAAGCCUCUGAACCACGCGUUUCUGUGCGAUUCCAGCAUAUACAAGAUGCACAUGGGCAUCAUAUAGUCACAGGGCGCGAAGGGAAACUGACCCGAUGUGAGGAUGAGCCUAUCCGUGCCCCUGGCGCUGUCCAAGGUUUUGGUGUGCUUAUUGUUUUGGAAGAGGAGGGAGAGGCUUUAGUUGUGCGUCAGGUUUCGGAGAACGCUUCAGAACUUCUCGGUCUUCCUCCUCGUUAUCUUUUCAAGCUAGAGUGCUUUACCGAUGUCCUUCCUGAAUCCCAAGCUUCUUUACUUUGGGACAAUAUUCAGUUUUUAUCCGAGUCUGCCAAUUCUACAAAUACCACUAGAGAUGAAGAGCUAGAACGAGAUUCACCUGAUAUAUUCUUGCUGUCUGGAUAUGGGGCUCCAGGGACCGCAAUUUCAAGUCUCCCGGUGUCUGUUGAUCCCUACGACCCGUGGGGUGUUCAUGUAGGAAAGCGACGCUGGACGUGCUGGUGUGCUAUUCACCGCCCACAACCUAGUCCAUAUCUUUCCAACACUCAAUCGAAAGCACAAAAGCCGCUAAUUGUCAUGGAAUUUGAAUUAGAGAGUGAUUUCUUCAACCCGUUAUAUCCGCGAUCUUCAUCCAACCCAGCAUCAACCACAUCCGCGCCUUCGGGGUCUGAUUCUCCAGACAUCACUACUGUCACAAAUACCUCUACCUUACCACAAUCUCCUCUUGAGGAAACCGAUCCACUUGGACCUCUACAACCUCGUUCUGGUCAUCCUCCUGUACAUGGUUUAGUUGGCGACUAUAGUUGGACCCCGAACACAGAAGAUAUCAUAGAGAGUACCACGACGCGAUCGAAGCCCCUUCUAGCUCUAGAAAGAUUGCGGCGACUGUCGCAAAUGCCUGGUGCAUCAGAUAACACCUUGCCCAAUACUUCAUCUUGCUCCACUCCUGGAUUCAAUGCGAAGACUCGUCGACCGCUUCGCCCGAGUCGUGAUGCUAAUGGUAAAAUACAAAGAGUUGCCCCGGGUGCUCCCAAUGGGGGCGUGAGCAUGAUGGAUGUUUUCGCUGUAAUGGCCCAGAUUAAUGAACAGCUAGGGGAUGCCCCGGACCUUGAUACUUUCUUGAAGGUGACUGUCGGUGUCAUCAAGGAUUUGACACAAUUCCACCGUGUCUUAGUAUAUCAAUUUGACGAGGUGUGGAAUGGGCAGGUUGUAGCGGAGCUUGUAGAUUGGAGUAUGACGCACGAUUUGUACAAGGGGUUGCAUUUUCCUGCUGGUGAUAUACCGGCUCAGGCGAGAGAGCUGUACAAGAUUAACAAAGUCCGCAUUCUUUACGACCGUGAUCAGCCGACAGCCCGUAUCGUCGUUCGUGACAAAGAAGAUUUGGAGCAACCUUUGAACAUGACCCAUUGCUAUCUGCGUGCCAUGAGCCCUUUACAUGUUAAAUGCCAGUACGACCUCGGCAAUAUGGGUGUUAGAGCUUCGAUGUCGGUGUCAAUAAUGGCUUUUGGCUCCCUUUGGGGCUUGGUAGCCUGUCACUCGUAUGGUACGCAUGGCAUGCGCGUUUCUUUUCCGGUCCGACAGAUGUUACGGCUUCUCAGCCAGUCUAUAUCUCGAAACAUCGAGAGGUUAAGCUAUGCGCAAAGGCUUCACACGCGAAAGCUGAUUAACACUAUACCCUCCGAAAACCAUCCGACUGGAUAUAUCGUAUCUAACGCGGACGACCUACUUGGCUUAUUCGACGCUGACUAUGGCAUCCUGGUCAUUGGUGACGGAGCGAAGAUCCUCGGACCUAAUCAACAUGGUCAAGAAAUUCUUAUCAUGGCCGAGUAUCUUCGGUUGAAGCAAUUCGACACCAUUCAAGUUUCGCAAGCCGUCACGAAAGAUUUUCCUGACCUCAAUCUUUCCACGGGUCUCGAAGUAAUCGCAGGUUUACUUUGUGUUCCUCUCUCCAGUGGAGGAAAGGACUUCAUUGCUUUUCUACGCAAGGGCCAACCGCGCGAUGUCCAUUGGGCAGGAAAACCAUAUAAGGCUGACAAUAGCGCAACUGCUUCACUCGAACCACGCAAGUCUUUUAGAAUUUGGUCUGAGACUGUGGCUGGAAGAUGCAGAGCGUGGACAGAUGAGCAACUUGAAACAGCUGGAGUGUUAGCUUUGGUGUACGGGAAGUUCAUCGAAGUUUGGCGGCAAAAAGAAAGUGCUUUGCAGACAACGAAAUUGACGAAUUUGUUGUUAUCAAAUGCUAGCCAUGAAGUUCGGACACCAUUAAACCAUAUAAUCAACUAUCUGGAAAUGGCCCUCAAUGGACCUCUCGACUUCGAGACUCGUGACAAUCUCAGUCGUUCGCAUGCAGCAUCCAAGAACCUUCUCUUUACCAUCAACGAUCUCUUGGACCUCACCCGUCUAGAGAGCGGUAACGAAAUGUCUAAUAACGAGCCAUUUAAUCUUGCGGAAAACAUACAAGAUGCUAUUUCCAUCUAUAGGAGCGAAGCGAAUCGGCGCCACAUCAACUUCGAGGUGGACGUGGAUCAAUGUCCUAGUUUUGUUAUUGGAGAUCGCAAGAAAAUCCGAACUGUUGUCCAAAAUCUAACGGCUAACGCUUUGAAAUACACCAUGGAAGGUAAAAUAGCUGUACGCUGUGUACCUUUUGGGGAACCCGAGGGUCUACGUGAACCGACGUCCACUGCAAUGGAAAUUGUGGUAGCUGACACUGGAUGCGGUAUACCUCCUACCAAACUCGAAAGUAUAUUCCGCGAAAUAGAGCAGGUUGAGUCAUCUGAGCCUAAGACCAGCGCAGAACCAGGCGUAGGACUCGGACUUGCAGUCGUUGCCAGGAUCGUAGAACAGUUGGGAGGUCAGCUCCGCGUGGAAUCAAAGGUUGGGGAAGGAAGCCAAUUCUCUUUCCUCCUUCCGUUAUCGUUAAUGGUCCCAUCAGAGACCUCUACCUCGCCCGCUCACAGUCGCAGUAAUUCAUCCUUGGGGUCUUUGCAGGCCAAAUCGACCAGCGAGGUUGACUUCAUUGUCGAGGCACUGGCCAAUUCUUCGCAACGAUCGUCGUCCGCUCACUCCAUUGACGAAUCCCGACCCCCCCGUAAAACAACAACAGGAUUAUUCCCUGUUGCUGACUCUCAGUACCCUGUCCGCCCAAUCAAAGUCCCCGAAAUAGAUACACAAACGCCUUUGACGCAUCAGACCUCCCAACCGAGCCCAAAGUCAUCAAAUCCAGCUAUCCAGCCUCCAUUGAAUUCAACCUCCGAGACGAAACCAAUCGAACUCAUUCUCUGUACAAAGGAUAACGAUAUUAAUCGACUCUUGCUGGCCAAGCGACUGCGCAUGGACGGUCAUGUUGUAGUCAAUACUACGAAUGGCCAAGAAGGACUUGAUAAAGUUAUGUCUGACCGCAACUUUGACUGCGUCCUUAUGGACAUCAAUAUGCCGAUCUUGAAUGGCCUCGAGGCCUCAGAAAGAAUUCGUGAAUUCGAAAAGGCGUUUCCCUCGUCCGAUGUUCAGCGACUCUCUCUGAAGUUGAAUGGUCGUAUACCAAUUUUCGCUGUUUCGGCCUCUCUGUACGAGCAUCAAAGGUCCAAGCUUUCCGAUGCGGGUAUGGAUGGAUGGAUUUUGAAGCCGAUUGACUUCAAACGACUUGCUACUAUUCUUAAAGGUGUAACGGAUCUUGCACAACGAGAACGAGAUCGUUAUACCCCCGGUGGUAAUUGGGAGGUUGGAGGUUGGCUGGCUAUGUCACCCACGCCAUCAGAUGCACCCAUUGAGGGCAUACCGAGACCAGCAUGA